AUGUUAGGAGUUGGUCUGGCUUGGUUGCUGGGUUGGAGUAGUGAUAUAACUAGUGGUCAAAUGACUGGUGCUGAUGAUGAUAAUAAGAAUAAGAUAAACUGGGAAGACCAUUGUCUUAAAUAUGAGAAUGGUGAGCAGAUAGCCGAUAAGGCAAUUAAAUAUGAUGCUAAUCCAAAGUGUUCAGAGAUGAAAUUUAAGGAGGGGGAUGUAUUUGAUGGUCAUAAACCAUCAAGUUAUUAUGUAGAUAUGUGGUUGCGGUUGUUAAAACUUGGGUUGUUAAGUGAUUAUGAUACAAAGCGUAUUGCUACAAUGAUGAACAAGUGCCGCCGAAUCCAUAGUCUGGAUGCUAAGACUUGUCCUAAUGAUCUUGAGAAAGGUUCUCUUUUGCUUGCAAUAGAGAGUGCCAUAAAUGGCUUUGAAAAGGGAUAUGCUAUAAGUCAGCGCUAUAUUGUUGAGCUUGAAAAGCUAACAAAGAGUACUGCAGGAAAGGACGCUCUCUCUUCACGUGGAUCAUUGGAUUUGAGUCAGUAUAAAGACCUUCACAAUGAUGUUAGAUAUCUUAUACAGACUUAUAGUAUUUUCUAUGUUUUCUACUUUCCCGUCCUGUCAUUUGAUUGGGCUAAAUAUAGUAACAAAAAAGCGUUUGAAACUUGGAAGCCGCUUAUCAAAAACUCAACUGUAUCUAACAUAGACCUUUGUGCUCAGAAACAGCUCAGACACUUCUUGUACGAGAUACUACGUCUGCAGCUGAUGCUCUCUAGCCUUUCAAACUUUUCUAAUACACCUCUAAGUGCUUAUCCUAAUAUCACAAUCAGCAAUGACGAACAGAAGUACAUAGACGACAUUUUGAAACUAAACAUUGCUGCUAUGAUAAAGAGCAUGCCAGCAGAUGAAGCUGCCGAGAAGGUGCGAGAAAAACUAUCGCAUAGUAUUGGGUUAGAAGAUAAGUAUAAAUCGGCUUUUGAGCAACCUGGUUAUAUAAAUCGAUUGGAUCGUGAAUUUGAUGAGGCAUACAACAAUAGUAUGGACCAAGUUACAGCUAAAACUAUCAAGCAGCUAAUCGAUGAUUUGAAGGAAGUUUCAAAAUGGUUUAAGCCUCUACUAGAUAAGAUCAAAAAACUACAAGCUCAGUUUAAAUCUCAAUUAACAAAUACCACAACUGCCUCUACUAUUCAUGAGUGUGUAGAAUAUCUAACCACUAAUGCUACUACUGAUACACCGCAUAAUACCAUGUCAUCGUCUGCAUCCUCUCUCAAGUCCAGUUGGAUGCCCAAUUCUCCUAUUCUUCACAUACUCAUAAGCAGUCUGUUCUGGGCCCGUCUCGCCCAUUUACUCGAACUGUCUCACUGA